UUGGCAAUUAUUCAUUGGCGUCGUCAGUUGUCGCAACUUGCAAGCAAGCUGACUGGGUGGGAAGCUCUGUUAUCAUGUUGGAAGUUACAUGCAAUGAUCGUCUUGGCAAGAAAGUGCGAGUUAAGUGCAAUCCUGAUGAUACAAUUGGAGAUUUGAAGAAAUUGAUUGCAGCUCAAACUGGUACACGAUGUGACAAAAUUGUAUUGAAGAAAUGGUACACAAUUUUCAAGGAUCAUAUUAAGCUUCAAGAC